AUGAUCAUACCCAAUCAUACCAAAUCCAUUAACUCCAAACUCUUUGAUAAAUAUUGCCAAUCUUAAAACUAUUAUUUCACUAGAGAUAUUAAUGAAAUACUCAAUGAAGCAACUACUAAGUCAACUGUCAGAUUUAAGGAUUGGAAUUGUUAUGAUGAAUAAGUAUUACAUAUUUAUUAUUCACUAAGGAUGAAUACUUUAAACGUUUCUAUCAUCUAUCUGAAUAUCCUACUAAAAUAUAACUCCUCACUGAAUAUUAUAAAGUAAUAUUGUAUCAUAAAUGUAGUUUCAUCAUGAUAUUGCAAGAAUUUUUCAAGAACCAGUCUCAACAAUUUUAAAUAAAUACUUUGAUAAGAAACGAAAGAUUGAAUAUUAUAGAAUAGCCAAGAUUAUUGAUCAAGAGAAUAAAAACAACCCUUAGAGACCACCUAAAGGUAUAAUUGGUGAAAAACCUUCGCCUCUUAAUUCACAAUUAACUUAGGCCAAUGAUAAUUAAGACUUACAUGAAUCGAAUAUCAAAAAUAUAUAAAUACUGAAAGAACUUAAUUGCCUCGAUUAACUACAAUAAGUAAUUUUAAAUUCAUAUAUAUUAAGUAAAUUGAUAAACCUACUAGAAUUAAAUUUGAUGUUUCUUAAACUCUUAAUGAUAUUUGUAAACAAAUGGCCAAUUAUCCUGAUCAAUCAUCUCUCUUUAUCCCUAACAACACAUAGAAUGAAGAAAUGAAAUUAAAUCAUUUCUUAAAUUUUAUGUAUUAAUAAUCAAAAUAAUAAUUAUCUAAGAAUCAUAAAUAAUUUACAAAACUUAGUCAACCUUAAGAAAAACUUAUACAUUCUAUCAUUAAACAAAAAAUACCAAAUUAAUAAUAAAAAUAAACAGAUAUUUAAUAUUUCAUAAAAACACAAAAUUUUGAUUAUCCUUCAACUCAAUCUACAAUUGAUUAAAAAUAUUCGAAAACUAAUUUACAUACUGAGGAAAACUUUACUAAAAUUGAUUAAAAAAUAAGUGAAUCAUUAAAAAAUAGAUCUAAAUUAAGAAUUAACAAAGAUUCUAUUAAAUCAAAUUCAACAUCUAUUCAAUAAAAUUUUAUUCAAAAUAAUACAUAAUCAAUACUUAAAACAUAAUAAUCAUAAAUAAAAUAAAAUAAUAAUAAUUUCAUCUCAAAAUUAUUAAUUGAAGAUUAGAAUAUUGAAUUAGAUUACAAAUAUAAAAGUGGAGCAUAAACUCAUCGUCCAAUAACUGGAAGUUCUAAUCAUUUCAAUUAUAGUCCAUAAAUAUAAAAAUUGAAAUUAGAUAAUUGCAAAAUUCUCAAAACUAAAACUUAUCAUUAAGCACCUUUAUUUACUUAAAAAAAUAUUCCAAUCAAUUUAAAUAAAGAAAUCUCGAGAAAAACAGCCUCUUAAAACAUACAUAUUCGCUAAGGAUCUAAUUAAGAAAGAAUUAUAACUCUUCAAAAUGAUCCUACUAAACUUUAAUUAUCAAAUAACAGAUUUAAAGAAAUAUAACCAUUCUAAUCUUAAACACAUAGAAAAUAGGUUUCAGAUAAUAGAGCCAUAUUAUAAAAAGACAAUCUAUAAGAAUAAGUAUGUUUAUCAGAAAGAAGAACAAAUCUUGAACAACUUUUUAAGAAUAAUAACUUUGAUUAUAAUAGUUUAAUGAAAACAAGUUCAAAUAAUAUUCAGCAAGGUUCCUUUUAAAAUAAAAUUCUUACCAUUUAAUAAUAGCAAGGCAUUUAAUAAUUGAUUAAGAAAGUAGCUAAAUAAAAUCAAUAACUUUAUUUAAAUAAUUACAAGAAUUAAUAAAAUCAUUCUUGA